AUGGCUCCGCCCGCAAAGCGCCGUAAGAAGAAUGUCGAAUCGGACGACGACUACGAUCACAACCCCGACCACGACAACAACCACGACAACAAACAAGACCAUGGCCGACCUCAGCACACCAACACAUUGCUCAACUUCCUCAAUUCAUCACCCACGAAACCCUCCUCCGCUCGCCCGACACCUUCCCCAAGCCCCACGAAACCGAAGACAGGCACAUCCAGAAAUGGCCUGAAGCACGACACGAGAAGCCCCAGCACUAGCCCCGUGAAGCCCAGAUCACGGGCCCCCAAACGGACCUCGAAGACGGAAGAGAAGGGCAGGUCCGGCGACCUGCUGGCCCUCUUCUCGAGGCAGGCACAGAAGGCGCCGCCCCCGUCGAAACCCGCGGCGCCCCUCGUCCUCGACGAUGACAUUGUCAGCGAUCCCAUAUCCGAAGAUGACGUGGCGCCCAAAGCAGGCAGCGCGAGCUUCGUCGGCUUGAACGCGAGGAAACGCUCGCGAGACGGCACGUCCGGCGGCCCGUCGACGAUGACGAUAUCAGCAACAACAACAACGACUGGUGGUCUGGCCUCGAGCAGCCAGAAAUUCCUCCGACCGCCGAGGCCGAGCCGCCCCGCGGCUCUCGACGAUGACCUGAGGCCGUGGUCCGAGCGAUUCGCCCCCGUGUCUCUCGACGAGUUGGCCGUGCACAAGAAAAAGGUGGUCGAUGUGCGGCGGUGGCUGGAGGAUGUGCUGGCUGGGCGCUUGCGGCAGCGCGUGCUGCUGCUCAAGGGCGCUGCUGGAGCUGGCAAGACGACGACGAUGCGCCUGCUGGCGCGGGAGUUGGGCUGCGAGCUCCUGGAGUGGAGGAAUCCCACGGGGCCGACGAGCGGCGGCCUCGGCUUCCAGUCGGCGUCGGCUCAGUUUCAGGAGUUUCUCGGCCGCGGCGGCAAGUUUGGCCAGCUUGAGAUGGAUGGUGGUACUGGUGGCUCAGAAUCGUCAACACAGGCGCUGGACAAGGGCGCACGGCGCAUCAUUCUGGUCGAGGAGUUCCCCAACACGUUUGCGCGCUCCUCGACGGCUCUGACGUCGUUCAGAAAUGCCCUGCUGGCGUACCUCGCGGCGAACACGCCGUCCCUGUCGGCCUUUGGACGACCGUCACAAAACGCCACCAUCACACCCGUGGUCAUGGUCAUAUCGGAGACCCUGUUGACGACGACGUCGGCGUCAGCAGACAGCUUCACAGCCCAUCGCUUGCUCGGUCCGGAAAUCCUCCGCCAUCCAGGAGUCGGCGUGAUUGAGUUUAACGCGAUAGCGCCGUCCAUUCUUGCCAAAGCUCUCGAGCUGGUCGUCAUCAAGGAGGCUAGGAAAUCGGGCCGGAAACGCACCCCGGGACCUCUUGUCCUCAAGCGUCUCGGCGAGAUUGGCGAUAUUCGCAGCGCCAUCUCCUCCUUGGAGUUUCUCUGUCUCAAGGGCGACCAGGAAGCCGACUGGGGCGCCAAGGUUGCCUUUACGAAAGCCAAGAGAGGCUCGAAGGAAUUGCUCGCCAUGACCAAAGGCGAAGAGGAGAGCCUCGAGCUCAUAUCACAGCGAGAAGCCAGUCUCGGCAUCUUCCACGCCGUGGGCAAGGUUGUCUACAACAAGAGGGACGAGCUGCCGCCCAAAAAUGACACGGUUGAAAUCCUACCGAGCUACCUGACACACCACGCCCGUCCCAAACGUUCGCAGGUCUCCGUCGACGCUCUCAUUGACGAGACGGGCACCGACACGCACACCUUUGUGUCGGCGCUCCACGAAAAUUACCUCUACUCGUGCGAAAGCCCGAGUCCUCUCGACCCCGACUCGUCUCUCGAUUACGUCAACGGCUGCCUCGAGUAUCUUUCUCUCAGCGAUCUCCUCAGCCCCUCCUGGGACAUUUUCUUCGGCGGUCGGGGCCCCUCAGGCGGCUACGGUGGCAAGGAUUCGAGCAGCCAUGUUCUGCGUCAAGACGAGAUGACGUUCCAGGUCGCCGUGCGCGGCAUGUUGUUCUCGCUGCCGUCGCCCGUCAAACGCAAGACUCCUCCCGGCGUCAGGGGCAGCGAUGCUUUCAAGAUGUUCUACCCGACGAGCAUCAAGCUGUGGCGUACCAAGGAGGAGUUUGAGGGGCUCGUGGAUCAUUCCGAAAGCCCAAGGCCGCAGCGUCGGCGACAGGCGCAGGGAGCUGGGUCGCGACACACCAGGCUAAGGGCGGUGGCGGAUCGGCUUCGCACACCACUUCCGGCGCCGCAGACGCACACGAGGCGCCGCCUCUGCUGUCGCUGGGGAGCGCCGCGCGCAGGGAGAUGCUGCUCGAGCGGCUGCCCUACAUGGGCGCAGAUCGCACGCGGUCGCAAGGGGGGCCUGCACUCGAUCAAGCUGCGGGACAUUGAAAAAGUCGUGUCGUUCCAGGGCAUCGGCACGCAGCGGGCGGGCGAGGACGUCGAGUCCGGCGACGAGGCGGCCGAGGCGGAUGGGGGCCCGAUGAGUGGCGAGGCAUGGGCGACAGAUAAGCCGUCCGAGGAGGCGUCGCCGCGGAAGAAGGCGGCGCGGAUCCGCACCGUGAGCGAGGUGUCUGUUUCCGGCUUGGGCGUUUCGGGGCUGGUGUUGAGUGAUGAUGAUAUCGAGGAUGAUGACUAG